ACAAUUAAGUGAAAAUUUUCCAAAUCAAUUUCGAAGUUUUGAUUUUGAAGAGAUUAUUAUACCUCAAGUGAAUAUAUAUUCCAUAAGUAGCUUAAUUUGGACGAACCCUAGUUUCCGUUUCAAAUUUGGGAAAUUUCACUCUUUUCCUUUUUGAUUCUCCUCAUUUCCCGCUGUGAAAUACUUCACAUCUUCACAAACCUCCCGCCAGUCGUGUCAAUUUUAAUUGGGCACCCAGUUCUCGGCAUCACUUAGCGUGAAGAAAUUCUAGUGCACGAUUUGAUUUGUUUUGCAAACAAGAGAUGAUGAAAGGAAGAAAUUCUGGGAAUUUGUCGAACCCAUGUUUGACAAUGCAUCAGCCAUGGGCUUCUUUGCUUGUCUACGGAAUCAAACGCAUCGAGGGCAGGUCUUGGCCUGCACCGCUUAGAGGCCGUCUUUGGAUUCAUGCUGCAAGUAAGGUUCCUGAGGAUUCUACAAUCAAAGCAAUGGAGGACUUCUAUAGGGAACUUUAUGCUUUGGAUGGAAUUACUGAUCUUAAGUUUCCAGAACAUUAUCCCGUUUCAAGGCUUUUAGGGUGUGUUGAAGUGGUUGGGUGUGUGCGUGGUGAAGAACUGAAAAAUUGGGAUGAAGUACCUGAAGGGGUUAGAGUAGAAGCUCAAACUGAUUUCUGCUGGCUCUGUGAACAACCACAGAAAUUGCUGAUUCCAUUCGAGAUGCGCGGUUUCCAGGGUGUUUAUAACUUAGAAAAGAGGAUAUUUGAAGCAGCAGUUAGAGGUCUCACCCGUGUUAAAUGCCCACUGCCUGUAAAGUUCCAACUUCCAGAUCCUAGAGAUCCAUUCUCCUUGAAGCCAGGAUCUGUAUCUUCAUGUUCUCCCGAGACUAAAGGAUCUGGAUCUGAAGUGGAGAAGUCAUCUAAACUCAAUGCUGCGAUAGCUGGUGCUCGAGCAGCCGCUACUCAGUUUACAAGAAAGUACCAGGACCCCCAAACUUCAUCUAAUUUUGGAAUGGGAAGUAAAUCCAGAACUGAAUUCUUGGGAGGAGAUCAAUUUCAAUCAUCCAACUUCGGUCAAGACAAGGUUUCACGAGAAAAUAUCGAAGAACAAACUAGUAGCUACCACACUCGAUCUCAGGGACUUUUUGCACACCCGCAGCAGCAAAGUAGAGCUCCUUCCAAGAUUUUUGCCGCUGCUGUGAGAGAUCUGAGACCGACAUGAAUGUUGACGAAUUCAAUUGCUGAGAGGAUUUGUACAUAGAGAAGCAGUGUGUAUGUGAAGGGUGUCUUCAGCUGUAACUGGUGUUUAGUUGGUUACGGUUAAAGUUAUAAAUGGAGGUUUGGGUUGAGAGGAAAGUGAACUAUUUUGUGGAAUUUCCAUGGUAGGAAAUUUGGGAGAGUCUAGCCCUUGUUAAUUGUGUAAGCUUAUCUGUUUAUUGGUGAUAAAUAAACCCUUGUGCAGUUGUAAUUUUUGAGAAUCCACUCUCAGAAGCUAGAUUUUACUUAAGAAAUAUGUGAUUCAAUCUGCAUUAAAUAGUGUAUGGAAAAGUAGUAGGAGUUCAAGAAGUUACCAGUUCAAA